GAGACUCGUUCAGUAAACAUGAGAUUAUUGGCUGUGAUCGCGUUCGUAUUUUGCGCUUUGAGCGCCAAACCGCUGGAAACGGAAAGUGCCAAGAUUUUGGCCACUCUACCAUUUCCGGGUCGCUCUCAGUACAUAUUUAUGGAGAACUACCUGAAGGCCCUGGCCGCCAAGGGUCACCAGGUGACCGUGAUCAACGCCUUCAAGAACAAGGCAACGCCAAACAUGCGCUUUAUCGAGAUUCCCAAAGUGCAUGAGUUUGCUGAUGAAAUGAUGAGUCUUCUGAAUGUCCCCUUGUUGUGGCAGCAACUUAAUGCAUUGGAAUACAUUAUAACAAAGUUCACCGAAGUCACUCUGGAUGACGAGGGUGUUCAAAAGCUGCUGAACUCGGGGGAAACCUUCGACCUGGUCCUAGCCGAGAUGAUCCAAAUGGAACCGCUGUAUGCCUUUGCCCAGCAUUUCAAUGCCACUCUGAUAGGAUUCUCUAGCUUUGGAACAGACCGAAGGAUUGAUGAGGCUGCUGGCAAUAUAUCACCCAUUUCGUAUAACCCAUUGGUGACCUCUCCACGCACUGAUAGAAUGACUUUCGUGGAACGCUUGGAAAAUCACUAUGAAGUCCUUGUGGAGGAUAUCCACCGGCAUGUGGUUCAUUUGCCAAAUAUGCAGAAGGUUUUCAAAAAGUAUUUCCCGAAUGCGAAGAAAACUAUGGAGGAGGUCAUGGACAGUUUCUCGUUGAUUCUGCUGGGUCAGCACUUUUCUUUGAGCUAUCCGCGACCCUAUAUGCCCAAUAUGAUCGAAGUCGGCGGAAUGCAAAUCUCGCACAAGCCAAAACCCUUGCCCGAGGACAUUAGGCAGUUCAUUGAGGGUUCGCCAAAUGGUGUUAUCUACUUCUCCAUGGGUUCCAAUGUGAAGAGCAAAGACUUGCCCCAGGAAACACGGGAUAUACUGUUGAAAACCUUUGCCAAAUUGAAACAACGAGUGCUGUGGAAAUUCGAAGACGAUGAAAUGCCGGGAAAGCCAGCAAAUGUACUGAUUAAGAAAUGGUAUCCCCAGCCAGAUAUUCUAGCCCAUCCGAAUGUAAAGUUGUUCAUCACCCAUGGUGGCCUGCUGAGCACCACGGAGAGUGUCUACUUUGGAAAACCCGUGCUGGGAUUGCCGUGCUUCUAUGAUCAGCAUAUGAAUGUGCAGCGUGCCCAGCGAAUGGGUUUCGGUUUGGGUUUGGAUCUGAAUAAUCUGAAACAUGAGGAACUGGAAAAAGCCAUCCAAACGCUGCUCAACGAUCCAAGUUAUGCCCAGGCAUCGAAUGCCAUUUCGGAACGGUAUCGUGAUCAGCCGGAAUCGGCUCUCGAUCGAGCUGUCUGGUGGACGGAAUACGUUAUCAGGCAUAAGGGUGCUCCCCACCUGCGAUCAGCCGCCCGAGAUCUUAACUUUAUUCAAAUGCACAGCUUGGACACAUUCGCUGUGCUCUUGGGAGUACCUAUACUAGUCAUCUUGGUGUUCCUAAAGUUAUCUUGCAAAUUGUUGGGCGGAAAGAAACAAAAGUGCCCGCAUGCUGAUAAGCUUAAGAAACAGUAGAGGCUUUGUCUAUAUGUUUGUUAUUUACAGUCCUAAGUACCUAGUUGUCUUAUCAGCCUUAUCUAAUAAUACGAUUGUAAAUAUUAUAUUUUUUAUUGCUCAAA